GCAUUACGCAGAGUACAGAAAUGCAUGGCGUCGGUGAGAAAAGCUUUGAGUCGAUCCAAAGCACGUGCGGCGACGCUGCAUUUGACCGUGCGGGAAGCGAGCAUCGUGUUGGCGAUAUAUUUGUUGUCGCGGUACAAUCUCAAUGCUGUGGCAUUGUAUGUGGCUUCAAGAAAUGCGGUCCGGCAGCAACCGAGCCACAGUGCAGCAGAGGUGCGUGAGUUGACAGAAAGCCUGUACUUAGAAACUUCCAUCGACGAACUGAUUGCUUUGGAGUGUGGGGAACCUGGAAGACACGCGCGUGUCCGACACGCAGCAGUGUCGUUUUUGGCGGAACUGCGAACAGUUGAAUGGUUGGAGUCUCAAAACAUGCUCGGCGCCGCCCCUAGCUCGGCUGCCAUGGCCAGCAAGCAUCUGAUGUUUUGCGAAGCUUUUCAUGACUCCCGGUGGGACGGUGCGCUGGCGAGGGCGGUCCACAACAAUUCGCUGAAUCACAGCGCUGGGCGGUACUUGCGCAAGUGGUCUGCAGACUUCAGCGAACGCUGGAAUGUUGCUUUUCGAGUGCGUUCGGUGAAGCCUCCUGCACCUUGCGCAGAGCUUGCGGCGCAG